UCUAAUUUCUUUCAAAAACUUCUGAAUAGUAGCACAAGAAAAUGUUUCACAAACACCCAUACUACACCAUAUGUGCAUUUCUUUUGUUUUGAAGCCAUAUCUUGCAUGGCUUAUUUCAGAUUUAAAAAAUUAUUCUCAAGCCAGCAGAAUGUCCUUCAAGAAAAAAAAAAAAUCAUAAAUUGCCUGAUCACCAUCUCUCUGUCCUGGCAGCUGCAGAGGACGCCGGCUGCCUGUCAUCGAGCAUAUGCGCAAAAUUAGCCACAGAGUGCCUGUCUCACCCCAGGGAGGGAGACAGACGGGUCUCUAACGCUGCCAUAACUGCAUGCCCCACUGCAUCCUCAUGCCAACCUUGCAGACCGCACCACAGACAUGCAGUCUGACGAGUGUCACAACUAGUACUGCCUCACUGGAAACAUGAAGAGGAACCAUGAUCUAUUCUGCGAUCACUUUUAUAUAUUAAUUUAGAGCUAUCAUAAUUGCCGCACUGAUACACAUGCUUAAUUUUACGCGUUUUUUAAAAUUGGGUUUAACGCAUUUAGCUUACCAAUUUUGACUUUAAAUUCGUUUUUUGUCGUAAGUUUAACAACACCGUUUAUUACAGUGACACACACCAUAAACACGUACACGUAUUAAGCACCGUAAACACACGACAACAGCGAUUUUGAGUCAGUGAAUGAGUUAUGGAUGAAGGACCUUUUAACGCCUCAUUUGGCCUAAUCCUACCACCGCAGAGGGUGGGGUGGCUGCAGCGGGUGAGUGGAUGGUGGUAACGCAGGGUGAGAGGGACUCAGAUGGCCAUGGCGAUAGGCGCUCUCCAGUGCUUAUGGUGGAUUAUGGGGCUUACAGUAUGAGAAUGAGGUGGAUGAGAUGGCCUUGGGGAAAGGGAAGCCUGUGCACUCAUGGAGCCCCACUUCUGCGUAUGUGACAGAUUGGAGCCAGAUUGGGAGACGUUCUGAGAAGGGAUAGGAACUUGCAAGGCUGUCCCACUCCUCAAGACUGGCUGAGAUGUUGACCGUUUUUGCCUGCUGUUAUUGAAACACCUGGGAUGGCCUCUGCCGCAUCAUCUCGACCUGACAGCAUCACCGUAACUUUGACCUCAUUUCCCAAAAUCCUUUACUCAUAUGGAGCCUCAUUGCUGACGCAAUAUUACAAUGAGGGAAAUAAAGCAGAUUCUUUGACAAUGUCAAGAUCAUAUUUUUUUAUUUUUAUUCCAAUAUCUGUCCAGACAGGAAAAUAGGUGGAAGAUGGAAUUAUUAGAUAUAACUAGCCUACGAAUGGAGACUGGUUUGGUGGAGCGAAAGUAUCUUCGUGAGGACUGUCAAUCAUGUUGCGAAUAUAAAAAACAAGCAAUAGGACUAAUGGCCAGAACAUUUUAUUGUGAAAAAUAAAUAAAUAAAUGCACAUUAAGACUAGUUUAUAAACUAGUAUAAAUCAUAUUAAUUAUAAAUCGUAUAGUCCCUACGCUACAUCUAAAAUAAUUUAUAAAACGGUUAUCCUAUAGUAAAUAUAAUAAAAAAUAAUAAUACUUUAUUUUUAUUAUUAUUAUUAAGCUAUUGUAUAAUAAUACUUCAUUAUUAUUAAGCUAUAUAAUAAUAAUAAUAAUAAUACUUUAUUAUUAUUAAGCUAUUAUUCACCAACAUAAUUUCAUGGUAUUUAGUAAUGUUGCCAUUGUUGUUAUUGUUUUGCCCAGACGUUAAACGCUAUAAAGGACCCAUUCUUUUAGAAAAUGUUUAUGGCAACGAAAUCAUUUCUUCAAAAAGCAAAAACGUGUGAAGAAGACCAUAAAAUUGUAUUCAUAAUCAAACUAAAUGUCUAGUUCAGUGCAAGCUUGUAGUGAGAUUUAAUGAGCGAUGAGAUUUAAGUUUUUCUUAACUUUCUUUUUUUUUUUUUUUUUUUCAUUUUUAGUUUGUUUCUGUCUACAAAGUAAUUUACCCAUUAGACAUUAUUUGAAAUUAGAUUACGGCUAUAAACAUCACUAAAUGUCACGAAACUAUAGGCUAGAGUCAAACAUAGUUAGCCACUAAAAUGUUGAAUAUUGAUCUUGCUCUGGUUUCUCAUUUCUAAUAAUUUUACAUUCGGACUCCAACUGAAAUUCCACAUAUUAAACAUUUUCAAUAACGGGAGGCUGCGCACAUGAGUGAAAUCUUCCAUCUAAAGGGAAAAACUACUUACGACCAAUUCAGAGAGCGGAGGAAAAUCCUUAUCGGAUUAAAGGGAAAAUUGGUGGCAAUUAAUCCUUUGUGAUUGAAAAAGGGAAACGCCUCCUCAUGGAAGACAUAUCUUACGUUGGAUCUGAUUGGACAGUGAGAUGAUCUUCUGGAUUGGACAGAAGGAUAAAUGGUCCCGCCAGAGCGCUUAACCGUCCCACCAGCCUGACCUCCUCAGAGAGAAAGUGAAUUAAACAAACUGCCACCAUGACGGGAAGGGAAGAGGCUAUAGACGAAAAACCUAAGGUUAAACUGUAUCCCUCAUUCGGAAUCGACAAAUCACGCCUCAAUGGAUCUGGAUUCAGGUCCAAAGGUUUCGCAAUCACAGACCUGCUCGGUCUGGAGUCGGAACUUCAGCCGCAUCAGUCCGGUCCUGGCGCAGGGGCUAAUGGAGAGGGGCAGAGCGCGGCGGUCGGAGGAUUUGCCUUCCCGGGAGGCUCUUUGCCGCUCGGCUUGGGUUUUCUCUGUAGUUUGGCGGCACAACAACCUCCUGGAACCCCGUGUUUUCUCCCGAGCCACAUCCCGCUCCUGCAGUCACGGACAGAGAGCCACUUCAUGCAGAAUAUGGAACAGCAACGGGACGCCUAUUCCGAUGAUGAUUGUCUUUCCGGGGAUCACAAUGAUGGAAAAAACUCAGGAAACUCUCAAAAGAGGAAGAAACGUAGGCACAGGACAGUUUUCACCUCGCAUCAGCUUGAGGAGCUGGAGAAAGCCUUCCAUGAAGCGCACUAUCCAGAUGUUUAUGCAAGAGAAAUGCUGGCCAUGAAAACAGAGCUACCAGAGGACAGGAUACAGGUAUGGUUUCAAAACCGCCGUGCUAAGUGGAGGAAAAGGGAGAAGUGCUGGGGCCGCAGCAGUGUCAUGGCAGAAUAUGGGCUGUAUGGUGCCAUGGUCCGUCACUCGAUUCCACUUCCAGAAUCCAUUAUCAACUCGGCCAAGAAUGGAAUGAUGGGCUCAUGCGCUCCCUGGCUUCUAGGUGAGCCAGCAGGAAUGCACAAAAAGUCUCUGGAAAUAGCGAAGAAAGCUCCAGGCACACCUGAAUCGACGCACUCGGAUUCGUAUUCAGAGGAACACAAGGGGAAAGACAGCGACAUGACAUGGUCAAGUGGAGCCAAUGGAGCAGAUGACUCAGAAGACAUGGCAAUAGACUUGUCCAGCACUUCGAAACAAGAGAGUAAAAGCACUUUGAAAAGAUCACCACCUCGAACAGAAGACAGCAGUGAUUCUGAAAAUGAGAGUUAAACAUGCAAACAAAUAUGGACAAUUUUGAAGAGCACAUACAAGGACUAUCAGUUUACAAAGUCUCACCUUUUGACAAUGGUUUUGUUUGUCAGCACUCCUGUGUUUUUUUUGUUUUGUUUAUCAAAUAUUUGAAUACUAGAGACUGUUUUAUUCUGAAUUAUUUUUAUCUUUGAUGUGUAAAAAUGAUUAAUGUAAAAAGAGUUAAAUUACAUGUUUUAUGUUACGUCCAUGGGCAUUAUUCAUAAAUCUUAAACAUUUCUUUCUUGUUCUGUCAAAAAAUCAGUCGCUUCAGGGUGACCACUUGUUCAGCACCACUAUUGUGAAUGUCAAAAUAUUUCCCUGUUGUAAUAUGGCAUGUGUCUGGGGAACAGAAAGUUCCUAGAAAGGAUUCUAAAGCACUUUACCUGCUGUGAUGAUGAAUGUUUUGCAUUGAUCAAUGUCAUCAACAGAGCAAUAUAAUACCAGCAAAAACAAAUCCAGAUCAUGACAAAAAAAAAUAAUUAAACAUUUUAUGCUUUUGA